CCCACAAGCAACUUUUCAGGAAGGAGCGGAUCACUUGGACCACUUAUCUCGGGGAGAAGAGGAAGAACAAGAGAGGCCGGAAGUGUGCUUUGCCCACUGGCGGGGUAGGAAAGAGCUGAGCAGAGGAGUUGGAGGCGGCGGGGCGAGGCGGGGCGAAGCUCCCCUCAGACCCGCCCUAUUUCUGCCCUCAGAGCCGGGAGGGGGCAGAGUAAGAGCGCGGAGUCCACCCGGCUGGGCGCUUCCUCAAGUGGCGGGCUCGUAAUGGCUGCUGGAAGCUCCCGGGACUGGGCCGUGGUCGUGGUCGGUGUGCUUUUGUUGGCCAGUCACGAUUUCAUCAGCUGUGAGACCCAGCAUGCUUUUGGAGCUAUAAGCAAGAAUGUGACUUUUACCCCAUUAAGAGCUAUAUCCUUUCAAGAUAUUUUAUGGAAACAACAAAAAGACAAAGUCAUUGAAUGGCAUACAAAAUUUAAUCCAGAGCCCCUACCUUACCAACAGUUUAAAGGCAGGGUGAAUCUAGACACUACAUCAGGUGAUCUUACCAUCUACAACUUGACAUUUUCAGAUCAAAAUGAGUAUCAGUUCUAUUCUCCAAGUAUUAAAGAGAAGAUCAAGUUUUCUCUUAAAGUAGUAGAUGAAAUCUGCUGUAAUAUUCAACUCAAAGUUGGAAUUUUGAAUGAGAAUGUGACUUUUACUUUACCAAAGACUGCAGCCUUUAAAGAUAUUGUAUGGAAAAAAGGGGAGGACACUAUUAUUGAAUGGAAUGAAAGUCUUGAGCAGAAGGUCAAAGUAUACCCAGAAUUUGAGAACAGGGUGUAUUUUAACAUGACAACAGGUGACCUCACCAUUUUCAACUUAACACCAGCAGAUGAAGGAGAGUAUGAAAUAGAAUCUCCAAGAAGUAAGGAUAACAUCAAGUUCUCUCUUAAAGUGGUUGAAUACAUCUGCUGUGAAACUCAACUUGUAGUUGGAAUUGUGAACAAGGAGGUGAAUUUCACUGUAUUAAGCUCUAUACCCUUUAAACACAUUCUAUGGAAAAACAGCAAGGGUGUGGCUGUUGAAUGGAAUGCCAAUGAAAACCCCACAUACAAGUUUUCCCAAAAUUUUAAAAACAGGGCAAAAUUAAACACUACAUCAGGUGAUCUCACCAUCUACAACUUAACACCAGGAGAUGAAGAUAAGUAUGAAUUUGAAUCUCCAAGCAUUAAAGACAACCUCAACUUCUCUCUCAAAGUGUUGGAAUCUCUUCCACAUCCAAAAAUAAAUUGUACAGACACUAGUGAAAACUUUAUGUUUCUCUGUGAGCUCCCGAAAUCUGACGAAACCUAUAGAAACCUUUUAGAGUACUCGUGGACAUGUAGUUCGCCACAGUGUGAAAAUAUUACAUCAUCUGAAAUACGUUUGGGGAAGAAUGAGGAUCUUUCACAGGAAGUAUCAUGUAUUAUCAGGAAUCCAGUGUCCACACAGAAGUCCUCAAUCACUUUGAAGAGCUGUAUCCAAGCAUCUCAAAGACAUAGAUUGUAUAUUCUAAUACCACUUGCUGUCAUCUUCAGUGUGGCAUCUCUAGUGGUUUGUACGAAUUAUAUCAAGAAAAGAACAUGAACCAUGUUCAAGCUCUAGCAUCGCACAGCAGAUGUUGUGACACUGGAAGAAACUGGUUCGAUGGACUUUCUCCCUCUGCUUGUCUCAUUAUUGAAGUGAAAUAAAAAGUGGCUCAAAGGGAUGAAAUUAUGUACGCAUGAAACACCAGUUCCAGAAAAGAAAUAAAGGAAGAAAGAAUAAAAAGGAAGAAGAGGAGGAGGAAGUAGAAGAAAAAUCACUUCAGAAUUAGAAGAAUGGAAAGUGGGGGCUCCCAUCCUGAAGCAGACCUUCACCCAGUUUCUUCAGUAAAGUUCAGCUCUAGAGACUGAAAGACCUCACUGUCACUAAGCCUCCCCACAGAACUCAGCCAGCGUGACCCCAAUCUGCCCAUCUGAAAGUUACCAGGGCACAAAUCCUCCUUCAGUUGGGAAACCUGCUGGAAGAGCACAACUCAAAACACUAGCUAGUGACAGUCUUACAAACUAGAGCUCAGCUUAGAGAUGGAGACUGAUGCCCCUGUGUGCUCACCGUUAUAGCCACCCUUACCCACAAGCUACCAGCUGACAUGCCCAUGCUCAGGCUGUCUUUCUCUACACCAAUCCCCCUUACUGCCCAAUACUUCCUCCCUCAUUUUACUCUUUCUGCCAUGUUCUUGCCAUACCUGGUACCCUCAGACUCACCUCUCUAGCUUAGUCACAUCCAUCCCUGCUCUGAGUGCCUGUCCCCAUGGGCAGCUCUCUUCAGAAGACAGGAAGGUGUCACUGCUUUCCUGGCUUCACAGGAAACAGCAGCUAGAAGUAGCAGAGCCAGUAUUCUUCCCUCAGCAAUGUGGCCCUGGCAGCUCAGUAAACACCAAACUGUUCCGUGAGUGGGUAAAACUUUCACUCAUAAUUGGGAGCCCUCUUCUCUGAACCUUACUUUGCACUUAGCCAAGGAAGAGUGCAUCCUUAGUCUAAAUAUUUUCUAGAAUGCUCUUGCUCUUUUUAAAAAAUUUCCAGCCAUGACAUCAUCUCCCCAGACAAUAACUUAGAUCCACCUGUAUAUCAUAUGUCAGGCUCAGAAAAAAAAAAAAAGAACAACACCAAAAACUAGUAUUGUCAUGGACUCUUUGGAAUAUAACUAAAAUAGGCCUACUAACUACAAAACAGAGACCCCCAAAUCUUCAUCUGCACUAUUCCAACCUUUGUGGGGAAAGGCCCACAAAGUGUCUGGAAAAUCCAGGCCAUUAUCUCCAUGAAAAUCUGAGAGGGUGGACCCUGAGCCCUGUCCUCACAGGAGGGGUAGUAGGAAGGUCCCCACUCAACUUCAUGACCUUAAGAUAGGUGGAGUUUUCCAGACCAGGAGCCUGCUUACACAUACUUGCUCGUUCCUUUAGAACAAGGCCAUAAAUUACCAUACAUGGCCAACUGAAAUCCACUGCAAAUAUCCUGGUUUUGCUUAACUGCUCCCUACCCCUGCCCUGAAGUGCUCAUAAUUCACCUUUAGAUAGAAGCCUGCCUAUGCAUAGUGAGCUCAUGACCAGACAUUACACGGUAACUUCCCAGUAACAAACAAACACCUGAUAGGUCAAGAUUUAACCCUGUAUUGUGUGUGGCUUAAUGAUUCCUUCAGUCUUUUCCUAACCUUUGAGUAUAUCUGCUUGCUUGUACACCCAAAUAAAUAAGAUGUAUCCCUGAA